AUGUCUGUUUUGUCUAUUGCUUGUCUAUGUUUUUUAAUAUUAUCAUUUGGUAUUAACAGUCAAAGUUAUCAAUAUGAUUCAACAUGUAACUGUGCUUCAGUAUCAUCGAAUGGUAAUGUUUGUCUUCAAUAUACUUGUGUAACUGAAAGACGUAAACCAAAAUGCUUUCCUGGCCGAAGUAUCGUUAUAACUGAAAAUGGUUUAGCGAAAUCUUUAUCAAAUAUAGAAAUUGGUGACCGUGUACUGGUUAUGAAUAAAGAAAAUAAAUUAAUUUAUAUCUAUAUUAAUAUAAUAUGA